GAGAAACGAGAUGGGUUGUGAGAGGGUCUACUGCUCGUUUAUCCUGUAUCGUAAGAGGCGAACCAGAAAUACAUAUGCACUGGACUCACGAUUCUAGGCCUUUGGCAUUACACGGUAGUGGUGGAGUGGAGGUAAGAGACAGUGGUAACGGCGCCUUGGUUUCUGAGAUAGCAAUAGCUCACGCUGGUCCCGAACACGCUGGUGAAUAUCGAUGCCUAGCAAGGAACCUCUAUGGCACUGACGAAUUAUUAUUUAAACUGUUUGUUAAAGAACGUCCAAAUAUUCCCGAAGAAGUAAGAGUGUCAGAAGUGUGGUCUCGAAGGGCACGAGUCACUUGGAGAAUUGCAAGAGGAGCACUAGUUUCGCACUACUCUCUUCAGUAUCGCCCUCUCUCUCGGGAAGUCACAAAUGCCCCGUUAGACGCUCCGCUACCCACUCUACUCGACACAUGGGACUCCCCUGAAGUCCUAAAUUUGACGUUGGCUAUUUCGGAUUUGCUUCAUGUGGCGUAAGUAAUCAUUCUUUAUAAUAACUAGCUUUCCGCCAGCGGCUUCGCCCGCGUAGUCCUUAGGGAAGUAUUUAGUGGGAUAUUAAAAAGUAUCCUAUUUCCUAAGUCAGCUAAUACCUUAUCUGUAUACAAAACGGAAAAACAUUUAAACGGAGAAUCUUUGAAAUUUAUAAUAUUUAUAGGAUUAGUGGUAUUACUAUCAAAUAAUAAAUAAUAAAGAAUAUCUGUAUGAUUGCUUAACUUUCAAUAAACAUGUGUUUAAUAUUUGUUACGCAAGUGUGCAUUUCUUUUUAUUUAUUUCAUUUUUUAUUAUAUAUUUUUGAAAUGUAUUCCUCAAGAGUCAAGUCACCAUUGAAUUGAUACUUUUUUACAAAAUCUAAGAAUUUUCUUUCCGGAAAUCAGACCUUUUUUGUCGAAUUUGCUUUAUGAAACGCAUAAAGUUCAAAUAAUAUUCUUUAUUUACCGUUUGACCUUCAAAGUUACGAUACAUACCCACAUACAUUAAUCUUAAAUACAAUAUACUUUUUAUUUUGGCAAUCGUGUAAAAAUGGUGAUUUUUAGUACAGAAGUGUGAUUUUGAGCGGUAAUUUUGUGAUAUUUUUUCACAGAUUUUUUUUUAUAAAUUCUCAUCUUGGCUAGUAAUAGAUUAUUUUAGAAUAAUUCCCAUUUUUCAUUAUAGCUUAAUAGAUUGUCUUAAUAUAAAAUCAAUUGAAGGUUAAUUUAAUUGGAGUACACGGCCCUUAAAUUUAAAAAAUAUCUCUUACUUAGCUAUGUAAUGUGAUUAAAAUCCAAUUUUAAUCCAUAAAUUACAUUGGGUAAUUCACAUUAACCUAUGUUUCGUUAGUUUAUAUUAAAGUUAUGAAUAUUAAAAUACCUUAGAGGUUUCGUGGUAAAACUAAAACAUCGAUUUAAUCUUACUCACUUAAUUUAAAAUCAGUUUAAUAAAUUAUAAAUUUUGUACUUUAGUUUAUUAUUCUGUUAAUCUCAGAGAUAUUUAACCUGCGCAGUGCUAUUUUUAUAAAAAAUAGCGUUGAGCAAAGUGAUGUCACAGUGUUAGAGGUUCAUCAACAGCCCUUUUACGUCCCUAAUGCAGGGACUCAGGCCUUUUUUAUUUAUGGA